GUGGAAACUGCCAAUGUCACGCAGCGCGCCGUGGCUCCGCCGGUGUCCGCGUCUCCGACCCCCCCGCGCCACACAGGCAGACUGAGCAGGAGCAGCAGCGGGCACAGAGGACCGAGGCGGCUCCGGAGCACAGCGGCUUCUCCUCGCAGACUUGCAGGCAGCAUGAACUCCCUCCCGGGAAGAGCAGCCCUGUCUCUGGGCAGGCGCGCGGCGGCGGGCGGCAUGGGGCUCCUGACCGGCUCCCCGGGUCACCCUCCCGUGGCGGCGACGGGCGGCAGGGCCUCCCUCCAGGCUAUGAGGCUGUGCCAGUCCGGGCCCGGCCGGAAGGGCAGCGUCAGCACCAAGAAGAGGGGCUACGACAUCACCAGAAACCCCCACCUGAACAAGGGAAUGGCGUUCACCCUGGAGGAGCGCCUGCAGCUGGGCAUCCACGGCCUGCUGCCCCCCUGCUUCCUGUCCCAGGACGUGCAGGUGCUGCGCGUCAUGAAGAGCUACGAAACGCGCUCCAACCCCCUGGACAAGUACAUCCUGCUGAUGACGCUGCAGGACCGGAACGAGAAGCUGUUCUACCGCCUGCUGACCUCGGACGUGGAGGAGUUCAUGCCCAUCGUGUACACGCCCACCGUGGGCCUGGCCUGCCAGCAGUACGGGCUGGCCUUCAGGAGACCGCGCGGACUUUUCAUCACCAUCCAUGACCGGGGCCACAUCGCCACCAUGCUCAACUCCUGGCCCGAAGAGGACAUCAAGGCCAUCGUGGUCACCGACGGCGAGCGGAUCCUGGGCCUGGGGGACCUGGGCAGCUACGGCAUGGGGAUCCCGGUGGGGAAGCUGGCUCUGUACACGGCCUGCGGGGGGGUCCGGCCGCAGCAGUGCCUCCCCGUACUGCUGGACGUCGGCACUGACAACCAGGCGCUCCUCGAUGACCCUCUCUACAUCGGCCUGAAGCACAAGAGGAUCAGAGGGAAGGAGUACGACGACCUGAUCGACGAGUUCAUGCAGGCCGUCACCGACAAGUACGGCAUGAACUGCCUGAUCCAGUUUGAAGACUUCGCCAACAGCAACGCCUUCCGCAUCCUCAACAAGUACAGGAAUCGAUACUGUACCUUCAACGACGACAUCCAAGGCACGGCCUCGGUCGCCGUCGCCGGCAUCCUGGCCGCUCUGAAGAUCACCAAGAACAAGCUGUUGGACCACACCUUUGUGUUUCAGGGGGCAGGAGAGGCUGCUCUGGGCAUCGCCCACCUGCUGAUCAUGGCCAUGGCCAAAGAGGGGCUGUCGAAGGAAGAGGCUGCCAGGAGGAUCUGGAUGGUGGACUCCAAGGGCCUCAUCGUCAAGGGGCGGAGCCACCUGAACCACGAGAAGGAGGAGUUUGCUCAUGAGCACCCGCACCUGAAGACGCUGGACGAGGUGGUGAGCACCAUCAAGCCCACCGCCAUCAUCGGCGUUGCCGCCAUCGCCGGAGCCUUCACCGAGAAGAUCAUCAGAGACAUGGCGUCCUUCAACGAGCGGCCGAUCAUCUUCGCCCUGAGCAACCCCACCAGCAAGGCGGAGUGCACGGCCGAGCAGUGCUACCAGCUGACGGAGGGCCGGGGCAUCUUCGCCAGCGGCAGUCCGUUCAGUAAAGUGACGCUGGCGGACGGGCGCAGCUUUUACCCCGGGCAGGGGAACAACGCCUACGUCUUCCCCGGGGUCGCUCUGGGGGUCAUCGCCUGCGGCGUGCGCCACAUAUCGGACGACGUCUUCCUCACCACUGCAGAGGCGAUCGCCGACAUGGUCACAGAGGAGCACCUGGCCGAGGGACGGCUUUACCCUCCUCUCAGCACCAUCAGGGAGGUGUCCUUCAAGAUCGCAGUCAAGCUGGUCAACUAUGCAUACAAACACGACAUGGCUUCGGUUUACCCCGAGCCCAAAGACAAGGAGGCGUUCGUUCUGUCGCACAUCUACAGUCCCGAUUACGACUCCUUCACUCUGGACACCUACACCUGGCCGCAGGAAGCCAUGAACGUCCAGGACGUGUGACGCCGCUGUGGUUUUAACGUCCGCCUCUCCUCCGCUCACCUUUCUUUUUAGCUUUUUAGGUUUGUCGUCUUACUUUUAUCCGUGAAGGCAUCCCACUUUUAUUUAGGGUAAACAUGAAGUGCAUAGGCAGGCUUUUAAAGUCUUUAUAUUUUGCAAAAAAAGGUGGGUUUUUUAUUUUCUCUUUUAGCUUCCAGAGAAACACAGUAGACAUACGCAACAUAUCAGACAACGCUCCCCUCUCGACAUCCUCAAGACGUUUCAGCACAUAAAACUAGAGAGAAGAGGAAAGAAGGAGCCGCGGCUCACAGCGUCACACACUGAUGUAUGAGCUUCGAGUCCUGUCAGAAACGCCUGUGCCUCAGUGUGUGACCUCAGGACAUCGCUGCUCCACAUCACGUCCCGUAGCAGAGUCUCCGUUUCACACUCCCGUCACAACGCUGGUUUUCCGUCUCCGGCUCUACUUCGCUGUGAGAACCGAGUGUUUUGGAAGGCAGGCACUUUUAGAUUGUAUGAAUGUGUCCGGCGGAGGUUUCGCCAGCGAAGAAGAGUAAGAGGGUGUUUUUGUACAGUGCGGUGUGUGUGUGUGUGUGUGUGUGUGUGUGUGUGGGGUGCUUGUCUUUUAACUUUGUACAGAGCUCAGUUGUUUUUGCCAAAGUUACUGAUGAACUGUAUCUUUUCCUCUCAGAGAUUAUGAUGCUGUGUGGUCUUUAGUACUUAAAUACGCCUGAAGUUUCGAAAGGGAACAUGGAACUUUUUAAAUAAAAACCCAGAAAAAAGUG